UUGAGGCGAGAAGCAAUGAGGGAACAUCCAGACGCAAGCAACCAAAAAGUCGCAAUGGGUGCGUGACCUGCAAGGCAAGGCGCGCGAAAUGUGAUGAGGACAAGCCAACAUGUCGACAAUGCGCCCGUCGAGGAGUGACCUGUGGCGGCUAUCAAAAGUUCCUCAGAUGGAAAGUCUUUGAACAGAGCAAGGAUGGACGCUCCAACGGUGAAAUUGUGUCCAGGAGACUGUCGCAACGUCGAGAGGUGCCAGCGAUUUCAACAGAUGAUCAAACGACGAAUGAAGUGGUGGGAGGUGACGUCCAGGCUAACGAGUCCAAACUACCCGAUGGUCCUUCCAAAACAAUCCAAGGGGACGACGGAGUGCCGGGACGGUCUAGCACACUCGCUGCAAGUCGUGGAGUUCUUGACAAUGUCGAAAUACCCCCGAUUGAAAUAGUAAUGCCAUCUUCGUUCGAACCAGACCAUCAGAGGACGACGACAAUAUCUGGAGGGUCAAUCGAAUCCGCCAGUGCUCAUGUCAAUGCUCAAAGCACUUUUGGCAACAAUGGAGUUCCCGUUUGUGAAACACUGUCAUCGGUUGCAGACCACCUUGAUGAUGCUACCUAUAACCUAGCAUCCUGCGUUGCCGACCACUAUCGCUUCCUGUCGAUUUCUCCAGCAGAUGCGAGUUCUUACGACCUAUCACAGCUAGACGAUUUGCUCCUACAAACGGACGGAAGUGGAUUCGAAUUGAAUCAUGAUAUCGAGUGGAACAUGUCCGGGCUUGACGAGUUGCUGGAGUCGGCAGAGGCCGCGCUGGAGGAAGACUUUGGAAACAUCGAUUGGCAGAUGAGCCUGUCCGAGCCACAGACCGAGUGCGCUUCCGAAUUGCUGGGAAACGUUGUGGCACCUUCCCAUUCUCUGGAUCAUAACAGCGGUGAUAGCCUUCAAACAAUAUAUCACCAGCCUCAGUCUCCUAGUGGUACUCCGGAAAUGAUACGGCAUCUCUUUGAGCAGCAGACAUGCACCAUCCUCUCGAUCAAAGAUGACGAAACCAAGAAUCCAUGGCGAACGCUGGUCUGGCCCCUAGCAUCUGGCUGUCCUGCUCUCUAUCACGCACUUGCUGCAAUGACGUGCUUGCACAUGUGCAGGACUCAGUCGCAGCUCCGGGUCAUUGGACUGCGGCAUUUCCAGUCCGGUGAGCAAGCUCUCGUCAACAACGAGGACAACGGCAACAUGCUUCUGGAAGCGGCCAUUGCGACGAGAUUGGCACUGGGCUUCGCAGAAACAUGGGACUAUCAGCAGUCGUCGACAGGAAUUGACCACGUCAACCGUGCCAAGGCACUGAUCCGACAAGCUGCUUCCAGACACCAGACAUCGAGGUUUACCCCGGGAGAUGUGAGCCGUCUGAGCUUUUUGGCGAAUACAUGCUUGUACAUGGACGUUAUUGCUCGGUUGGUAUCUAUGGCACCUCAAAGCUUCAACGACACCGCAUUCAUGACCGCCUGCACGUCGCUCAGCAGCGCUGUUCCCAGUGAACAGCAACUUGAUCCACUCAUGGGCUGCGCGAUCACGCUUUUCCCGUUGAUCGGCCAGCUGGGCGAGCUGGUCGGUCGCGUUCGACAGAGAACGGAGAAGCGCAAUUCUCCGGCCAUCAUCUCCAAGGCGAUAGAGCUAAGAAUGGCGAUAGAAGGCUGGGCUCCGCUGAUAGACUCGGAGGGUGGAGUCGAACUGAACCCCAGUAUCACCAAUUCGAUCCAAACGGCAGAGGCGUACCGAUGGGCUUCGCUCUUGCUCCUCCGUCAAGCAGUCCCGGAACUCCCCUGGGUGCACUCGAUCUGGGAGUUGGCGUCAAAGUGUCUCGUCUUCCUCGCGACCAUUCCACUGUCGUCGCGUACGAUCAUUGUGCACAUAUUCCCGCUGAUGAUGGCAGGAUGUGAAGCCUUCGACGAAGAUGACAGAGCCUGGGUGCGCGAGCGCUGGGAUCUCAUGUCCAAACGCAUGAUCACAGGAAUCGUGGACCGAUGCAAAGAGAUCACAAUGGAGGUGUGGCGGAGAAGGGAUGAAUAUGAAUCGCGUUACGGCGUUGUAUAUGAGAAGUCGCCGUCCAGCCCGCCGUCGACUGCAGCUGGUCUACCAAAAGAUGGUUCACCGAUUCACGCGACGCCUGGUGCUUCAAGAUCCGCCGGUGAAGUCACAGCUCGAUUUGAUGCAGACGCACGGUCUCGUUCAGCAUCGACGGAUUUCCCCGAGUCAGCUGCAUUUAAGAAGGGCGUAGAUCCAGUGACGCGAGCUGGAUUCAUCGACUAUACGGUGAGGGGGAAGUUGCAUUGGCUGACCGUUAUGAAAGAUUGGAAUUGGGAGGUCAUGCUUGGAUGAAGAAGGCAGAGACCUCACCCAGCGGCGGUUCCCACAUCGGAGGGCCUAGGACAAAAUGCG